UGUCCACGUGUCGGACGCGGCGCCCCAGGAUGGCGGAAGGCGGCGCUGGGGAGGGGCCGCCCCGGGCCCCGCUUGAGCGGCUCGUUCUGAAGAGCGCGGCCGAGCACCACUACCUGCGGGUCUCGCUGGAGUUCCCGGACGGCGGCGCCCGCCUCAACGCCGCGCACUUCAAGCAGCUCGUCGUCUCGGCCCUGAAGGAGUUGCACGGGGAGGUUGGUGCAGCUUUGCCUGUUGAUGUUUUAACAUAUGAUGAAAAAACCCUGUCUGCUAUACUGAGAGUUUCUAGCAGUGGCUUUGUCAAACUGUGGAGUGCUUUAACUUUAUUGGGCUCAUACCAGAACCGAAAGUGUGCCUUCAGAGUGGUGCAGACAUCUCCAUUCCUGCUCGCAUUAUCUGGGAACAGUAGAGAGCUAGUGUUGGACUGAAUACACAGAACAGUUGGUUGAACUGUAAAAAGCUUGAGAUGUUGGCACUAUUCAGAGCCCUGAUUUGUGGUGGGGAUUUCCAAAGAACAGGCUGGAUGAAGCCAAACAUUACCAGCUCAUGUCUCAGAUGUCCAUCUCUAAGGUGUUUACAUGUACAAGUUGGAGACAAAGCUGAACUUAAAAAAGCCUUUACACAAAGGGAUGUUGUUAGUUUUUCUGAGCUAACAGGGGACACUAACCCACUGCAUCUGAAUGAAGACUAUGCAAAGAAGACAAGGUUUGGGAGAAUGAUUGUACAUGGAGUUUUGAUCAAUGGACUUAUUUCUGCAGUUCUGGGUACUAAGAUGCCUGGUCAUGGGUGCGUGUUUCUUUCUCAGGAAAUUAACUUCCCAGCUCCUUUAUAUGUUGGAGAAGAAGUCUUAGCUGCAGCAGAAGUGAAGAAACUGAAGAGAUCUAUUGCAUACAUUUCAGUAUUAUGUACUGUCAUGGACAGUGGAAAGACUGUUAUGGAGGGGAUGGUGAAAGUGUUGGUGUCAGACAGACAGAACUCCUCCUGACCACAUGGUGUUUUACUCUGUAGUAAAGUUCAUAGAUGUAUAGGUUACAGGUAUCAUAGUGCAAGACUUGGCAAGAAUAAGCCUGCCAGAAGCUUCAAAGGACACAGCUUGUUGUCAGCAUUGAGACUUGCUGUGCCUGUAAGUGAGCCAUGUACAACAGUGCUGGUGGGGAGGUGUUUUUCAGAAAAUAUGUAGAUCACUGUGAUCCAUGCUCACUUUGCACGCCAUGGCAAGAGAACCUAUGUCGACUGUAUUCUUGUUUGUACAGCAGACACAAUAAACAGACUGCUGCUGCCCACCAGAACCUGUGGGAAGGAUGCAGAAGGUUUGUGAAGGCAUAUAAGUUGAGUGAUGUUUCUUUUAACAAAUGAAUGUAUUGUUACUCCUUGCUUAGAAGCAAAUGCACUGCUUUGUUCAAGACUAGCCCUAAAUUCCAUAAAAAUGGGCUGUGAAAA